UCAACUGUUGGGCCAUAACACAACCAGUGGAUGAAGAAGUGUUCUCUGUAGGUCCUGUAGCAGAAGGAAUGCAUGACAUGCAAACAAAUUCGAAUUCUGACAGCAAGAUUGAAAGCAAACUGAAAGAAUUUUACGUUGGUUCUAUUGAGGGUAUUGGCGCAAGUUGGCAGCAGUCAUUGUCAACCAAUGCCCGCAUGAUACAGUACAAGCUGGAUACGGGAGCACAGGUAAAUAUCCUGCCCUACAGUAUUUAUCAACAGUUGUCUCCACGACCACCGCUGCACAAAGUAUCAGCCGGGUUGUUUGCAUAUGGGACGGUUGAUCCAAUUUCAGUGAAGGGACAGUGUAUUUGUAACAUCGGCUUGCAGCAUGGAGGAUCAAGACAGCCACGGUUUUACGUUCUCGAGGCAGGUAUCCACGCAGUACCCUUACUCGGUUUACAAGCAUGUGAUCAACUAAGCUUAGUUAGGAGAGUGGCAGCAACAGCAGAGGACACGGAAGACGAUUCUCUGUCAGUCAUUCGUGUGGACGAAGUAGCAAAAGAUUACCUAGAUUUGUUUCGGGGAUUCGGAGCGAUGACAGAAUUAUCUUACAAGAUGCGAUUAGUAGAGUGGGCAGAGCCAUAUUCGCUGUCAACAGCAAGACGAAUUCCUUACCACAUGUAUGGAAAGGUAGAGGAAGAGUGGAAGCGUAUGGUCCAGUUGGGUGUCAUAAAGCCAGUCAGUGAGCCAACCGAAUGGUGUAGCCCUAUGGUUAUCGUUCCAAAGAAGAACGGAGAAAUACCGUUGGCAGAAGAAAGCACUACUUUGACGACAUUUAUUACUCCUUUUGGCAGAUAUCAGUUCACACGGCUACCUUUCGGAUUGUCAUCAGGGCCAGAAGUCUUUCAUAGGAGUAUGAUGCAGGUAAUAGAAGGACUAGAUGGUACUGAUUGUUUCAUUGAUGAUGUAUCGGUGUGGGGAUGUACCAAAGAAGAACACGAUCAACGUCUUCAUCAAGUUUUCGAUCGAUUUAGAAGCAAGAGAGUUAAAUUGCAACCAUCUAAGUGCCACUUCCGCUUGGGAGAAGCUACUUAUUAUGGUCAUGUGCUAUCAGGGAAAGGUGUCAGACUUAUUGAGGCAAAACUUUAA